AUGCUCCGUCGCCCAGGUGUUCUCGCGACGGCGACCUUUCCUCGGCUUCGUGUGAACCAUGGCUUCGAUGUCGGCGCCGCAGGUCGCGCGUGGGAGAGCACCACGACGAAGACCGCUGAAACGACGACAGAGGAGAAAGAGACGGGUCAUUUCUCGGUGAAGCAUAAUGAGUCGCUCCUCUUCUUCGACAACCUCUUCCCGAUCAAGCUGAGCGCCUUGCUCAGGAUGCCCGCCGAGCCUGACCGCGACCUGGCCGGCCUCCUCCGGCGGUUUGAGAGCUCGUCCCUCGGCAUCAUGGACCCCAUCCGCCUCGUCAAGUCGGCCAUCCCCGCCGACAUGUCACUCAAAGUUACAGAAAUCAUGCCCAGACUCAAGGACGGCGGCGCCUUUGUCAAGGUGCAGCACGACCCUAGCAUCAGUGCCUCGGAGAUUGAAAGUACGCUUUUGCAGAAACUCACCGAGCAUCCGCUCAAACCUUGGUUCAGCCCCUUUCGCGGAAUCAAGGCUCGCCUCGUGAGGGGCAGUCCCUGGCUCGAGGACCUCUACAGGUUUCCGUCGUCACUAGUCAAAGUCGAAUUUGUUCCAAGAGAACCGGGUCAGAACCCAGCAGAGCUAUCUGAAGAGAUCUUGUACAGCCUCUUCCGACGAUACGGCAAAAUUGCCGACAUCAUCCCUCAGGCCUGGGACUCCAAAGAGACGCCGCGGUAUGCGACCAUUGGCUUUCCCAGGAUACGAGACGCCAUCAUGGCACGCAACUGCCUCCACGGCUUCGUCGUGACGGACGGCAUGGGGGGAGGCAAGGACGGCACGGUCCUGCGCCUCUCGUACGUGAAACGCGUCAAGGCGCACAGCAUCUGGAAUUGGCUCACCAGUCACCCACGUAUCGUGAUCCCCAUCGUCGCGGCUCUCCUUGCGGGCAUCUCGGUCAUGAUAUUUGACCCCAUCCGCAAGUUCUUUGUCAAGCUUCACGUUCAGCAUUCCCUCCGCUUCACCGAAUCCCGCGUCUACAAGUGGUUCAAGUCUCAGACAGGGAGCUUCAGCUUCAGCGGCAAGAACAAGGAGCGUAUGGAGGGGUUGAGUACCGUUUGGAACCAUAGACGUGAUGUCAUCGAGCAGCUGCAAGGCUGGCUUGAUGGAAGCUCGGACACUUUCAUCGUUGUCACCGGUCCAAGGGGUUCCGGCAAGGUCGAGAUGGUCAUGGACCAGUCGCUUUCUGGACGCAAAAACGUGCUCAUGAUCGAUUGCCGGCCCAUUGUGGACGCAAGCGGCGAGGCCGGGACGCUGAGGCGACUUGCCAGUGCCGUGGGAUAUCGGCCGAUUUUCUCGUGGGCCAACAGCUUGAGCAGCAUGGUCGAUCUUGCCGUUCAAAGCACGACGGGCGUCAAGGCAGGAUUCUCCGAAACGCUCGAGUCACAGGUCAACAGCAUCCUGCACACGACAGCGGCGGCGCUCAAGGAGGUGGCGCUUUCUGGGCGAACGAAGAAGGACAAGGAUGCUGCGCUAUCUGAAGACGCCUUCCUCGAGGCGCACCCGGAGCGGCGACCUGUCAUCGUCAUCGACAAUUUCCUACACAAGAAUGACGACAAAGCCUUCGUCUACGACAAGAUCGCGGAGUGGGCGGCUACCAUUGUGCAAAACAAUGUCGCCCACGUCGUGUUUCUCACGAGCGAUUCGGCAUAUUCGAAGCCGUUGUCCAAGGCCAUGCCGGACAGAGUCUUCCGCACGAUCUCUCUUGGCGACCUCGACCACAACGUGGCCAAGAACUUUGUCCUCAGCCGCUUGGAGGAGGAGCAGCGGCUGGAGGAUGAAGCAAAGGAAGGCGAAGAAAAGAAGCCACGGGCCCAACGCAAUCUCAAUGGGCUGGACGAGUGCAUCGAGACCCUUGGAGGUCGCUUGACAGAUCUCGAGUUCCUCUCACGGCGCAUCAAAGCCGGACAGAGCCCGCGUCAGGCCGUCGAUGAGAUCGUGGGCGAGAGUGCUACGGACAUCGUCAAGAUGUACCUCCUACCCAAGACGGGCGAAGAGAAGAAGUACUCUAUGCAGCAGGCUUGGCAUGUCGUCAAGUCUCUCGCCGAGGCCCCGUCAUUGAGGUACAACCAAGUCCUCCUGUCCCCGGCGUUUGCAUCCUCAACAACCCCGUCGGCUGCCGACGGGGAGGCCGCGCUCGAGGCCCUGGCCAGCUCGGAGCUCAUCUCGCUGAAGUCCCAUCAGGGGCGGCCUCAACUCGUCCGUGCGGGUAAGCCCCUCCACCAGGCCGCCUUCGCCGUGCUUGUGCGCGACCGCGUGCUCAAGGCCAAGAUGGACCUGGCCGCCAUGACGGAGAUGUCCAAGGUCGAGGCGAAGAGCAUAGCGUCGGUCGAGCAGGAGCUCACGAUGCUGGGCGCGCUUCCGCGACAGACCAACGAGACGGCGGGCAGGGUCACGUACCUGCUGGGCAAGCUCGACGCGUCGCAGAGGAAGAUUGCGGAGCUGGACCGGGAGAUGGGAGCUCUGAAGAAGGUGCUCAACGAGGAGUUUUAG